CUGCUCAGAGCAUCCCUCCUCCCAUCUUGCAUUUGUCUUAAUUCUUCUCAGAGACAAGAUGGCAACGCCGGCGGCGGUAAACCCUCCCGAAAUGGCAUCAGAUAUUCCUGGCUCAGUGGCCUUGCCUGUGGCACCAAUGGCAAGUGGACAAGUGAGAAUGGCGGGAUCCAUGCCUUCCAGAGGAGGAAAACGUCGCUCUGGAAUGGACUUCGACGAUGAGGAUGGGGAGGGACCCAGCAAAUUUUCAAGGGAGAACCAUAGUGAGAUUGAGAGACGCAGGAGAAAUAAGAUGACUCAGUACAUCACGGAACUGUCCGACAUGGUACCCACUUGUAGUGCGUUGGCUCGUAAGCCUGACAAGUUGACAAUUCUUCGGAUGGCCGUUUCCCACAUGAAAUCAAUGAGGGGCACUGGAAACAAAUCUACUGAUGGAGCUUACAAGCCUUCAUUUCUUACAGAACAGGAACUGAAACAUCUUAUCCUGGAGGCUGCAGAUGGGUUCCUGUUUGUAGUCGCAGCUGAGACGGGCAGAGUGAUCUACGUAUCAGAUUCUGUGACUCCUGUGCUGAACCAGCCACAGUCUGAAUGGUUUGGCAGCACUUUGUACGAACAGGUUCAUCCAGACGACGUGGAAAAGCUGCGAGAGCAACUAUGUACAUCUGAAAACUCUAUGACAGGACGAAUCCUGGACUUGAAGACUGGAACGGUAAAGAAAGAGGGUCAGCAGUCCUCAAUGAGAAUGUGCAUGGGAUCGAGGCGCUCUUUCAUUUGCAGGAUGAGGUGUGGAAAUGCUCCUCUGGAUCAUUUACCUCUGAACAGAAUAACCACCAUGAGAAAAAGAUACAGGAAUGGCCUUGGCCCAGUAAAAGAAGGUGAAGCACAGUAUGCUGUUGUCCACUGCACUGGCUAUAUCAAGGCUUGGCCACCAGCAGGGAUGACUAUACCAGAAGAAGAUGCUGAUGUGGGACAAGGUAGUAAAUAUUGCCUCGUGGCAAUAGGAAGGCUUCAGGUAACUAGCUCUCCAGUGUGCAUGGACAUGAAUGGCAUGUCAGUCCCAACUGAGUUCUUGUCCAGGCACAAUUCUGAUGGAGUCAUCACCUUUGUCGACCCAAGGUGCAUCAGCGUCAUUGGCUACCAGCCCCAGGAUCUUCUGGGGAAAGACAUUUUAGAAUUCUGCCAUCCUGAAGAUCAAAGCCAUUUGAGGGAGAGUUUUCAACAGGUUGUGAAGCUGAAAGGUCAGGUCCUGUCUGUGAUGUAUCGUUUUCGUACCAAGAACCGGGAGUGGAUGCUGAUCAGAACCAGCAGCUUCACAUUUCAGAAUCCUUAUUCUGAUGAGAUCGAAUACAUCAUCUGCACCAACACCAAUGUGAAGCAACUUCAGCAGCAGCAAGCAGAACUUGAAGUGCAUCAAAGAGACGGGCUGUCAUCCUAUGACUUAUCUCAGGUGCCGGUUCCAAGCAUCCCAGCUAAUGUUCAUGAGAGUGGAAAGUCUGUGGAAAAGCCUGAUGCUAUCUUCUCCCAAGAGAGGGAUCCCAGAUUUGCUGAGAUGUUUGCUGGAAUAACUGCUUCAGAUAAAAAAAUGAUGGCCUCAGCAUCCACAGCAGGAAACCAGCAGCUUUACUCACAGGGAAGCCCUUUUCAGCCAGGCCAUUCGGGAAAGACUUUCAGUUCAUCCGUGGUGCACGUGCCUGGUGUGAACGACAUCCAGUCUUCUUCAUCAACAGGCCAGAAUCUGACACAGAUAUCUCGCCAGCUAAAUCAGAGUCAGGUUGCCUGGACAGGAAAUCGCCCCCCAUUUCCAGGACAGCAAAUUCCCUCUCAGUCUGGCAAGGCUCAGUCGUCUCCCUUUGGCAUUGGAACAAGUCACACCUACCCAGCUGACCCAUCGUCCUACAGCCCCCUUUCCAGCCCUGCCACCUCCUCCCCCAGCGGGAAUGCCUACUCCAGCUUAGCGACCCGCAGCGCAGGCUUCGCUGAAGGUGGCCAGAGCAGCGGCCAGUUCCAGGGAAGACCUUCCGAAGUCUGGUCCCAGUGGCAGAGCCAACAUCACAACCAGCAAAGCGGCGACCAGCACUCGCACCCACAGCCCAGUCAGACCGAGGUGUUCCAGGACAUGCUGCCCAUGCCGGGGGAUCCAACGCAGGGCACUGGCAACUACAACAUUGAAGAUUUUGCUGACCUGGGCAUGUUUCCACCAUUUUCUGAGUAGCUUGCGAAGCAGAGAUGGGAAGUUCCUCUCCAAGGCCAUCUCAGUGUAAUUUUGGCUCUGCUUUUUCUGUGUUGCAUUUCUGUAGAAGCUACUAAACCAGAAGACAUGUUUCUCAUGUUUCAGAUAGUGACGUAGGGCUUGCUCUCUCCUCCUCGGGGUGUGUCGGUGCCAACAGAGGAGCUCCAGCACUUGUUAGUGUUCAUUGACAGCUCCAUUUUUUAACUUUUCUUUUUUGGUUUCAUUUGAUUGUCAUCUACCUCAGAGAUGAAAAACUUUGCCUGAUUUAAAAAGGGAAAAAAAAAAGAAUCUCUGAGUCUUCAAUAUUUGAAUGUGAAUGAUACCUAAUACUUCCUUUGAAUGGUAAGUUUAAAUAAGUGACUAAGUAACAAAGACUAACAGAGAAAAGGUAAGGUAAUGUCUUGUUGCAGUGCCUACCACUCGAUUUCGAUGCCUUGCUCUAAGCUUAAGUUUCUGGAAGCAGACACAAUAUUCUGUUUUCUUUGAUUCUUGUAGUUUUUAGGUCACUUUAAAUGUGAGAUUAAACAACGUAAUGUAGGCCUCUCUGAUCAGAAGAUUCGACUUAAACUUGAAUGUGUGUACAUUUUGGUACUUUAUGUAUAUCUUGUGCUGUACGAAGUGAUUUCCUGUACUGAUUUCUUUUGCCUUUACAAAGGGUCCAUUCUGGAGUGUACUGAAAAGAUUGAUGAUACAUGUGGAGGAUUUAGAUAUCGUGGGAGUCCCCAUCGCUUCACAUAGGUGUUCUUACUUUUAAUUCAGGUGGUUCUCUCUUCAGAACGAACACAUGUACUUAACAUAAGCUAUUAGUCUGGUUUUGCACUGAAUUGAGGCCUGUAACUCUACCCAUUUCCCACUGUCUGCUUUAAUUUCUGUUAUUCUUGCUUUCCCCAAAAUAUUGCCUCGUAACAAAUGACUGUAAACACACUGAGACUGCAUUUUCUGCGUUAGCUGCAUUUCCUUUCCGUGAAGUACUUUUUUAUACUGUGAAACCUCACAUUUUAACAGUAUAAGGUGGUGGCCUAUUAAUCAUUCAAGCUCAUAUGCUGCAAGCAGUGAGAUGGUUUUGUAGUGUAUAAUUUUUUUAGCGAGUUGGUAAUAGAUAUCAAUUGGACUAUUGUCCACACAGUGAUAACUUGAAUUUUUGCUUGGAUUCCCAAGCAAUCACUUCUGUUAAACCCUGCUAAGCCUCUUCUGUUAAAUAUGGGAUUUUCAGCUUACCAAGUGUGUUGAGGACUCUUGACUGCUCUGAAUGCUACAUGCUUUUCUGCAGAGGUAGGUUAAUCACCUUCCUCUUGGAUGAGUCACCUACUAUAUAUCCUCAUCAGAAAUGUGGUAGGAAGUAUUUUAUUCUGUGUUUCAUAUGCAUGACAAGUUGCAGAGUUUGGACUGUAAGGUCAGUAUUUUUAUCCAGAUCAUUUCUUCUGAGAUGGGAGAAGGAAUCACUCACAAAGGACCAGGAGCCCAGAGUUCCCACACACAGGGUUUUUGUAACCUCUGGGCUUGGAUAGUGGUAGCAGCCUUUGCAGAGGAGGAAGGCACAAAACUUCCCUCAACCUUUGUGGAUUCAGGGGCUGUCAUGGACCUUGAAACAGCAACCCCAGGGGCACAGCCCCCAUCUAGAUCUCCAUGUAUGCAGCAAUUCUUAGACCCAACAGCAGUAAGUCUGCCUUCUCCUAGCUGCUUCUACGUUCCGGGGUGCACGUCUCUGCAGUGCAUCAUGCCAGGGUCAUCUCCUGAGAGGCAGGCAGGGCCUUGUCCUGCAGCCCACUCUGACCAGGCAGGUUUCCUGCUGCUGAGCAGUGCAGCAGCUGGGCUGCAGCCAGCGUGGCCCAGGGACACGUUGUGACCAUGACCUGUGUGUGGUGGUGUUCCCGUCUGACUUGGCUUUCCCAACCCUCGCUGGGAACUGCAUGUAGUUUUCAGUACCCAGGAAGAGUCCUUCCUGCUGUUUCUCUCACUAAAUCUGGGACCAAUCUGCAAUGUGCAAGUGGGGCUAGGGACUCUAUUUUUAGGAUUUUUUGUAGUAUCUCUAGAUGCAUACUGGAGAGGCUCAGGUCCUCCUGAUCUGUACUUGCCUCACCAAAAUCACACUGAGGACAAGCAAAAAACCUCAUAUCUCUUCUCUCUCAGAGAUCAGGAAAACACCUUAGGUGUUGUAGGUGUUCUUGGGUGAGCAAGCCAUGUGCUUAGGCACUACUCUCUUAAAUACAUGGAAGCCUGUUCUGUUGGAGCCUUCUCCCUUUGUGCUCAGGCUGCUGCAGGGCGUUGCUUUUGACAGGAGCUAAUCACCAGGGAGAGAGCAGCGGGUGAGCAGUUCCUAUCUGCACAGAAAACACUCGACGUGGCCAAUGUCAGUUCUUCUGGAGGCUCUAAAAUACAUUUCUCUGUGAAGUGAAAAAUGAACUGAAUGAGUGCUGUUCCUCCAUUUUAUUUAACCCAGUGAGAUGUUCAAAGUAUAUUUGUAACUUACUUUUGUUCCUGAACUAAAUCUAAAAGUGAGGGGGUUUCAGUAGCUUUCUUCCUCCUAACAUCAGCGGUGAUAACUUAGUUCCUUAGUGUGGCAUGGUUUUUAUACUACUGUAGAAGCCUUCUCACGUACAGGAUUUGGUUGUGCAGUUAGAAGUGCACUGUUAGCAGAAUUUCAAGCACAUCUCUCUCUGCUGUCAUUUUUAAAUACAGUAUUAUUUUUUUGAAGCCAGUAUGCCUGAGGCAUCAGAGCAAGGACUGCUUCUCACCUUGUAGACCAGUCCAGCCUUUCUGAUUGGGAAAGGCCAUGGCUACUCUGUGAAGGGGCAGUUGGGAUAGCACCAGGUUUAGGUUCUUACCCAUGAGCCAUUAUCAUCCCCUGUUCCUGUUCUGCCGUCCCCAGCUAGUGCUGCCUUCUGUCAUCCCUGCCCGUCCUGCCUCCGUCCCAUGCUCGUGCUCAGGCCUCGGGCUGCCCCUCCCGAGCCCACGAGCUUAAACUUUGGAUGAGCUUAAGCUUCCCCUGAGCUUAAAUUUUGGAUGAGCUUAAGCUUUCCCUGAGCUUCAACUUUGGCAACUUUGUGCUUCUGACCGAGCAAACGAGCAAGUUGAGUGUUUGGUAGCGCUGCCCUCGCCGUGCCAGUGGCCUGCUCCUCUGCAACAGCCUCAUCCCGUGUCUUGUGGCCAAAAAAAGCUGCGUAGCCUUGGCUGUGCCGUAUCUUUUUGUCACGUGUUUGGUUCCUAAAGCGACUUCCUUACCCUCUAGCUGACGUUCCAACCUGCCUUUGGAGUGCUGACGUUUUGAUCACGUGCCAUUGGUGUGGCUUUGCUGGCACUUUGGCUGCCGGUUGCCAGAAUUGCCCAGGUGGGGGAUUUCUCGUUUCUCUUGGGGGUUUUUGAAGCUGGAAACGAAGCUGUGGCUUCUGAUCAAACUGCGUUGCAAACACAGGUGUUUCUCGAAACGGAAUCUUCCGGGGUUUACACCGAUGGGACGAGAAACUGCCAAUAGUAAUGGUCUGGGUGAGUUAUUUCCAUGAGCAGGCGUGCAGGCUGAGGAGUCUUUAGAUGGUAAAGCACUGACCUUCGUUUGUUGGGACGAGCAGUCCUGUUUAACAAGAGGGACUCCAUCACACAGUACUUGUGACAAGUGCUACCGGCAGCACCUGCGGCGAUGCUUUAACCCCAUAGUUCCAAUUGUGGCUUCGUUGCCUUUUGAUUUUUCCCUUCGGUUUCUUUCAAAGUACAGUAUGAAACUGUAAAUACUCCUUGCAGUACUGCCUUUUGAACUCUUUAAUUACUUUUGGCACAGUGUUAAAUAGUGUUGGAUUUACCCAAUUGCUAUGACAUAUAUUUUUAUACAUAGGUGUACUCUUUCCUGGAGAAUAAUACAGCCAUUUUGUCAUUAAUGCCUUAUCAGUGUCAUACUGCUGUUGCUCUUUGUUUGCAAGGUAUCGAGUGGACUAAUUUCUAGUUCAGAUAUUCUCACUUUUCCUGGCAGUGCUCAAGUUUGGCUUCAGGUGAUUUUUGCCAGAGUCCCAUUUUUCACAGUUGUUAGCUGUGAGAAGAGGAGAGCGUGGGCUUGGGUUUGUGGCUAUUAACAGAGCAAAGAAAAGGUGAUGGCAUCUAAUUGUCUUUAAAAGGUCAGUCUUUUCCUGCUCUAAACCAGGGUGCAUUUCAUUGAACUGCUGACUGGGCACUGAUGACUUUGUGUAGAUUAAUGGUCUUUCUUUAAAAAAAACAAAAAAGGAAAAAAAGAAAAAGGACAAAAAAAUGUGAAACAACUCCAAAAAUGGGCUUCUGUCAUUGUUAGGCACUUGGUUACGUAUCUGUUCUCUUCAUAUUGAUGUGAAAUCGUGCUGUGGAUAAAGUGUAUUUUGUACUUCUGAAUGUUCUAUAUUUAUGACUAACAGGUACAGAAUCAGUUGUGUGUAUGUAUAACUAAUAACUGCCUUUUUAAAUUUCAUUCAAAUAAAAGAUGUCAUGAGCUGUUGUUAA